GCAGGCUAGCUCAGUUGAUUAAAUGCAGACGGGCUAGACAGCCACACAUCCACUGCAUUACUUACAAGAUGCCCCGUGUUUUAACUUUUUAACCAUCGCUUUUAAGCCUGAGGAUACUGUUAUGGUUUCGGAGAAUGGAAACGGACGACGUGUCGGUUAGAGAGCAACUUUUCCACAACCGUGUCCGGGAGACCAUAAUCUGUGUACUCCUGUUUACAUGCCUUUACAUGGUGUCCUACCUCAUACUUACCCAUUUCAAGAAGACUGCUGAGUUUGUCACAGAUGAUAUUGAAGAUGCCACCGUCAACAAAAUUGCGCUGUGGCUGUGUACGUUCACCCUGUCUGUUGCAGUGUGUGCCGUGCUCCUUCUCCCCAUCUCUAUUCUGUCCAACGAGGUGCUGCUCACCUUCCCCCAGAGCUACUACAUGCAGUGGCUCAAUGGAUCUCUUAUCCACGGAUUGUGGAACCUAGUUUUCCUUUUCUCCAAUUUGUCCCUGGUCUUCCUCAUGCCCUUUGCCUACUUCUUCACGGAGUCUGAGGGAUUUGCGGGGUCCAGAAAGGGGGUUAUGGCACGAGUGUAUGAAGCAGUUGUGCUGCUGUUGCUGCUGGCUCUGCUUGUGCUGGGCAUUGUGUGGGUGGCAUCAGCCCUCCUCCACGACAACAUAGCCAGGAAGAGCCUCUAUGACCUAUGGGAGUAUUACCUUCCAUACCUGUAUUCGGGCAUCUCUCUGUUUGGAGUGUUGCUGCUUUUGUUGUGCACUCCCUUUGGGUUGUCUCGAAUGUUCAGUGUAACUGGCAGCCUAAUGGUCAAACCGCGGCUGUUGGAAGAUGUCGAAGAUAUUCUGAGCUGCACCACAUUUGAGGAAGACUCACUCUCCAGGAAACUGAACUGUGGCAGUACAACGUCAUGCUGGGUCAAGCUGAACAUGGAGGGGAUGAAAAAAGAGUACCAAACAGUCCGGAGCAAGCGCAUUGCCCUAGAAAUGCGUAGGAAAGCGUCCCCAUGGCAGCGAAAUUUGGGCUAUCCACUGGCCAUGCUUGUGCUCCUCGCACUGACGGUGAUGUGUGUACUGAUGGUCUGUUUCAAUGUGUUGGAGUUGCUCCUGGAUGAGACUGCUAUGCCCAGAGGAAUGGAGGACCCUCAUCUGGGGAUGGCCUCCUUCUCCAUGUUUGGCUCACUGGGUGCUGCAGUUCAAGUAGUCCUCAUCCUCUAUCUGAUGGUGUCCUCAGUGGUGGGCUUCUAUAGUUCUCCUCUCUUCACUGGCCUCCUGCCUCAUGCACAGGACACCAACCUCACACAGAUAAUUGCUAACUGUGUUUCAUUGCUUAUCCUGAGCUCAGCACUGCCAGUCUUUUCACGCACAAUUGGGAUCACCCGCUUCGAUCUACUGGGAGACUUUGGUCGGUAUAACUGGCUUGGGAACUUCUACAUUGUAUUCCUGUACAACAUGCUGUUUGCUGGUCUCACCUCUGCCUCCCUGAUCAAGACGGUCACCUGGGCAGUACAGAGAGAGCUUAUCCGUGCCUUUGGUCUCCACAGACUGCCUUUAACUGUGUCACGCUCCACUGUCCCCUUCAGACUCCUCCUGGCCAGUGGACUGUCUAAAAUCCAGUGACUUUUCCUCAUCGCUGCCUUUCCUAACCUUUUUAAAAACUGAUCCCCUUCAAAUGUCCAUCUUGGAUUAAAGGCCUUUGCCCAUUGGUACAUGGGUCAGGUUGCCCGAUGGGAAGUGACCGGAGAAGGUGACGAGUCUGUCUGCACAGUGUCCAGGGGGAACUUUGCUUGAAGCUGUGUUUAAUGACCAAUAUAUCAGGGUCCAAUUUUGUGCAGUUAUUUGACUGCAAAGACAAGUAGUAAGUGAUGUGAAAGUCAGCGGAGUCAUUUUGAAAUAUUAUAUUGUAACUGUGAUGUAAUUUCCUCUUUCUGCUCCGGGUCGAUCAAGUGCUCUCUCUCUUUCUCUGUGGCUUACCCACGCUUUCCCCUCUUUGGUUGUACCACUAUUUUAAGAUUGGGAAUCUUACUUCCAUGUGUUGGUGGUCCAGUCUGCACCAGUGUUAUGUUAGUUGAUGAGAGGAAGUUGUUUUUUGGAGCAAAUAUGACAGAGUACCUUCUCUAUGGAUCUACAGGUUACACAGGGAAUAUGCGAGUGAGGUAAUGAUGAGUUUACGGAGUUUACGGAGUCUGAGAAUAACUCAUUCCUACAAAAAUACACUAAAAAGAAAGCUUUAUACUUUGUUCAAUGCCAGACUUUUGAAUGAAGUGACACUCACUAGGAGAAACUUCUGCCUUUGACCAAUCAAACUGUGAAUUAUUAAGAAUUUAUGUGGGGAAGUGCAAUAUUUUAUAAGUACAGGCACACUAUUUAACUUUACCAAAAGUAAUUUCCAAAACUUCUGAAUGCAUAAGCUUAGAAUAGUUUUGGAAUAUUUUCAAAAAAGCGAACAUGACCAUCAAUCUAUGCAAUCAUUAAUGGUGUCAGUUUUUAUAUUUUGUUUAUCAGCUGUAUCUCAUCAUCUUUAAUGUGUUGGUGACACUGUGUCACGGUUUGCCUUUGCUGCUGUAUCAGCAGAUUUAUUAGCUGUUGGUUUGACCAGCAGGGGACAGU